CACACGUGUUUUUCGACUCUUAUAGUGUUUUAUUUAUUUAAAUUAUAAAUAGUGUAUUUUAAAACAUGUUUUAAGUGUUAUCAUACCUUGCUAGCAGUGUUCCAUUCAUCAAAUCCAUAACUUGCAGCAUAAUAAUCCAAAUAACUUCAUCACAUCACUAUAAGCACGAUCACUACAAGAGUUACCUAAUGGAGGCCAUUCAGCAGUCAGUACAGGCUUUGACAGAGCACUUUAACACACAGAUGGCUGAGUUUCAAAAAAAUUUGCAAGGUGCCAUUCCAGCUGCGAGCCCCACCUCAAAUAUUGCAGCUCAAUUCAAUGCUUUCCGGUCCUUCGUGUUGUCAGCUCUCGCAGGUCUACAGCAACAAGUGGAAGUCCUAUCCAAGCAAACAGAUCAACUUGAGAUGCGGAGCAGGAAAAAGAUGCUAUUAGUACAUGGCAUCCCCGAAAGCGAUGACAGCAAUCUGGCGGCCACGGUAAGCACAUCUCUGUCUAAUCAUCUCAAGCUGUCGGCCUUCCAGGAAGAGUGCCUCAGUCGUUGCCAACGGAUCGGUCAGACUAAAAGUGACAAGCCCCGGGCCAUACUCCUUAAAUUCCAUGACUUGUCAAUGAGGAACCAGGUGUGGUUUGCAAAGACUUCACUCAAGAAUACUGGCAUAACGUUGUCGGAAUUUCUGACAAAAGACAGACACGAUGCUUUCAUGGCAGCGAGGCAGAAGUUUGGGAUUUCGAAAUGCUGGACGAGAGAUGGUCUUAUUAUUAUUGCUGGUCAGGCCAACAAGCGUUACCGCGUCACAACCAUUAAGGAAGUAAAUUCCAUAAGCCAGGCACGCGAUAUUAAAGAAGCCACGCCUUCAGCGGCCGCUCCUACUGCCAAGACGACUCCCAAUGUGAAUAAACCUUCCUCUGAUGCAUUUUCGAAGCCCAAAAGGAACGUCAGGAAGUAAGCAAAUAGCAACUAAUCAGGGACACUUUAUUCAUUCGGACGCUGCUUUCUUGUGCGUUCUUGUAUUGCAUCACUUCUCGCUGACAUACCUACCUACACAUUUCGAUAUACAGUUAAGUACCUUGGUACCUACACUUUAAUGUUUAAUCCAUUCACUCACUGUUACAAUACUUGUUUACAAACAAAGAGUAUAUAAACACUACGUUACAAAGUUGCUAUAAUAUGUGUGCGGUAGGUAGGUAGGUAGCGUGUGACAAACUUGUGUCAAAGUCAAAAUAGUGCUAAAUGACAUUGACAGAAGACGACAGUGACAUGCAUGCUUCAUGAUGUGAACUCGACGGACUUUUCGAGGUGUCGUAUUGUCUAUGUGAGCCUUGGAUCUUAUUUAAUAGGCAUGGAUAUGGUAGCACUGGAGUUGACAAGUAAUAGUUAUUAUAAUAACAGGUUCCAUGACGUAGACCUACGAUGUUUGUCGAGUCUAGUGGUUUUGAUUCGUUCAUGUUUGUAUCGUUUGUAUUGAUCAUAGACCUACGAUUUUUCGCUAUGGUAUUGAUAGUGUUCAAGAAUGGAAUAUUUAAAUAUUACUUAUUACUAGACGUUAUUAAAUAAAGCCCAACACUAUAACAAUAACAUCAUUGUAUAAUUAGAUAUUCCGUUCUGCUAGUAUUUAUACUGGUAUACUAUAGUAGGAACUUAUCUAAUGAGCUAGUACUGUAGUGUGAAUAGACAAUUAACGAUUUAUCACUGUAAAUACUUAGUCUUAAUAGU